AGCAUCGUUUUUGCUUUUUCAGAAUUGUAGUGUGUCAAGUUGGAGGGCAACUAAUAACGCUGAACAAGUUUUGCAGGAGCGCCAAAAUAGGGAUAAGAGAAAGGCAGAGGAGGCAAAGUUUGAACAGAGUCCCUUUCCCUUGGAAAUACUGUUUGAGCGAUCGCACGAGGACUGUUCUGCAGGGACAGAUGGUGUUAGUUCCCUGGGCCUCCCAAUGCUGGUUAUUUAGUAGGGGCUCACGGGAUACUCCUAACAAUUUUUUGAUACUUAAGCCACCUAAGAGACUUUCUACAACAUUUUUAGAGGGUGUUCAACUUGAUCAGCCUUGUAAAAAUUGCCAAUGCUGUCCUUUAUUGUUAACUGUACGUGUUGACUGCAGUAUAGUAAAAUGCUGAUUAAAGCAGUGAAUUGAUUUACAGCUUAGAAGCCUUUGCAGAAGAAUUAAAAAACAAUCUCUUUCUUGUAGGUGCUUCCCAAGCAUUCAAAGAAGAGAGGAAAUUAAGCGGAUCCCAGCGUGAAGGACCAGAUGGAGCUACGGUGAACACUGAACCUGCUCCAGCCAAGCCGUUGAGUCCUGUUGCAGAAACAUUCAGAGUUAUUCAGGGGGCAAUGAGCGAAGAGUAUGUGAGAAGCACUCAGGGUGUCUUUCAGUUUGAAUUAUCUGGUGAUGACGGAGGCACUUGGUACAUUGACCUGAAAACCAAGGGCGGCAGCGCCGGUUUCGGAAAGCCUCCUGUGACGGCCGAUGUGGUUAUGAGCAUGUCGAGUGCUGACUUUGUGAAAAUGUUCACAGGUAAACUAAAGCCAACCCCGGCCUUCAUGUCAGGAAAAUUAAGUGUUAAAGGUGACACAGUCCUGGUAGCAAUGAGUCUGGGAAAGAUGCUGCCACAGUUCGUUUUUGAACACUAGUGGAAUAGUGGCCUUUCAUAUAUAACUAUAAUGCUCUUUUAAUACACCAGUCCUCAAUUUUUCUUUGAUGCAGUAUAAGUAUCAAUAAAAUUUGUAAUUGUUAGAUUGCAGUGCCCAACCACGAACACGCUUUUCCUUAAAACUUGCUAUAACGAUUAAAACAAAAAUUACGUCCCAAAAUUCUGAUGUUUCAAGGAUAGUUUUUUUCAUUUUCACUUUUUCCUCUGAUUGCAAACUGUCCUCUGUUACUGUGAGAUGUAGACCUAAUAGGACUUUAUUUUUUAGAAUGUUAUCUUGUCUUUGAAUUAGCUGUUGUCUAAUGAGAUGUGAGUUGUGAUCCCAGGAUUAGGGGAUGCACAACAUGUGUCCAGUGUACUGUAAGAGUUGAACUCAGCACUAACUUUUCCUCUGACUGGAAGACAAAUAGCACUUUUCUCUCCUGUACUGGUUUCACAAAACUUGUAGGAACUGACCAUCUCUAUCAGAUGUUAUUAAAAAAGGGUGAUGAUCCCAAGCUAUUGGAAAACACAAUGUAUGUGCUUGUGUGCAAAGUAUGGUCACAUAAAUUUUCUUUGGGGAAUCACCUCAAAAUACAAAACAUCUUUUGAAACCUACAGAUACUAGAAAGUGUUUUGCCAGUGAGCAUACAUAUUGAUAGUACAUUUCCAAACACUGUCCUGUAACACCGUAAGAACUGAAGCAGAUCAAAGAACUCAGGUAUUGGGAGCAAGGUUGUUUAAUUUCACACCUAUUUCACCAUCAACACCAUGCCUUUCCAGUUUUCCCUUCUGUGCAACUUUUCUGCCAAAGCUUUUUGGUUUUCAGUAUUGCAGGGGUGGAGGGGAAAGGUGUGCAGCAUCCAAUUCAAUAUU